GCGGGACCCAUGCCUUUCCUGAGCCGAACCUCCCGGCGCUGCCCUCCCGGGUCUCUGGUCCGCCGAGCCGCGCGCGGCCCGCGGCCCCGCCCACUCCGCCUCGGGUCUCCCGGCCCCCGGGCCCAGUGCUGGCUCGGAGGGGCUUCUUGAGGAAGGCCCUGCUUUGGAUCUGAGUCGCUGCUUCUUGCCCCUGGGAUUUGAGCUCUCGGCUCCAUGAGGGGGGCCAGCCGCCAGGCAGAAACCCAGCUCCUGUAGGAAGGGAUUUCUGUCUAUAUGACUGCUCUACUGCUUUUAGAACAGUAUCUGGCUCACUGUGAGCGCUCAGUAAAUAGGCUGAAUGAAUGUUAGAGACUGCUUACUCAAGUUCUUGGAGGAGCCCUUUCCUUUGGAGAGCUCGAUUAAAAGGGAGGCUGACUGAAGGCGAAGCGGUGAUAGACGACUGGGAAGAACUUAGAACCAGAACUGGGUCUUGACGCACAGUGAUGGAGUACCCAGUGAUGGAAACUGGUUCACUUUUUACCUCAGGAAUUAAAAGACAUGUGAAAGAGAAAAGAAUUUCAAAGGCUGCUAAGUUGAAUGUUUCUCUUGCUUCAAAAAUCAAAACAAAAAUAAUAAACAAUUCUUCUAUUUUCAAAAUUUCUUUAAAGCACAACAACAGGGCAUUAGCUCAGGCUCUUAGCAGAGAGAAAGAAAAUUCUCGAAGAAUUACGACUGAAAAGAUGCUACUGCAAAAAGAAGUGGAGAAACUGAAUUUUGAGAACACAUUUCUUCGUCUAAAGCUAAAUAAUUUGAAUAAGAAGCUUAUAGAAAUAGAAGCACUCAUGAACAAUAACUUGAUAACUGCAAUUGAAAUGAGCACUCUUUCUGAGUUCCAUCAGAGUCCCUUUCUUCUGCCAAGUAGCAAGAAGAAACGGGUUAGUAAACAGUGCAAAUUGAUGCGUCUUCCAUUUGCAAGGGUUCCAUUAACUUCAAGUGAUGAUGAUGAUGAAGAUAAAGAGAAAAUGCAGUGUGGCAAUAUCAUGUCAAAGACAUCACCUGAUAGCCCCUCUUUGGUAUCAACUCAGCAUAACUUGGAAUUGUUAUUUCUUAAAGAAAAUGAUCAGAAUGUUUGUGGUGUAAAUGAUUCAAAACACAUUUCUUCUACUGUUGAUAUACUUCCCAAAGAAAGCCAUUCCCACUCAGACCAAAGUUCCAGGAGUUCUCUAAUGAGUGAGAUGAAAAAUGCCCAGUCGAUGAGCCACAGAAAGAAGUCAUCUCCUAGUAAUGUGACUAAAAGGAAAAAACGUGUAUCAUCUUGGGAAUCAAAUAAUCCUGCAGACACUCCCUGUGUAACAGAUUUGGAUCAACAACAGAUUUCAAGUCCAAUAUUAAAUUGGAAUAAUGAAAUAAAAGAUUGUACUAACAAAGCAAAUAUUAAAAUGCAAAGAAACAUAAUGUGCCUUCCUGCCUCAUCUGAGUCUACAAGUGAACCUACUGCAGAGGGCAUGAAUCCAGUUCAGGUUAAUGAUGACUUUCAAUUGCAAAAAACUGUGUAUGAUGAUGACAUGGAUUUAACUGCUAGUGAAGUAAGCAAAAUUGUUACAGUUUCAACAGGCACUGAAAAUAAAAGAGAUAAUAAAAAACCAAAUGAUUGUGGAAUGACAACUUUCAGAAAAGUGAAAGAUCCAAGCUCUGAAAAAAAGAGAGAAAGAUCAAAGAGACAAUUUAAAAAUAGUUCAGAUGUGAAUAUUGAGGAAAAGAUCAAAAAUGGACCGGAAAGAAGAUCUGUUGUCCUGGAUGGCAAAGGGGAUUCAGAAGAACCAAAUUUUAUUUUCAGUACUGAACAGCUGACUCAGUUGAACAUGCUGAAGAAAAUAACCCUUCAUAAUGGCUUUGAUCAGGAUGACAGACAAAGUACACAGUAUAACAAAAAGAAGAAAAGAAUUCAUGUAACAGAUGAUCAAGAGGAAACAUACUCUUUCUCCCAAAGUUCAGAUAAAUUCCAGCAGGACAGUAAAUUUGAUAUGGGUCCUAGUUCUCUAGCUUAUAAGAAAAGUAAAACUUCUAGACAGACAUUUGUGAUUCAUACAUUAGAAAAAGAUAACUUAUUCCCACACCAAAAGGUUAAGGAAACCACCUCUGAAAACCUAGGAGUCACAAGUGAAUUUCAAACAGCUUAUCUUUCCAACAAAGAUAAUGGAAUGUUAUGGGAUUAUGAGACCCAAAAUAUGUUAGAUUUGAAAAAGCAUGUCACUGAUAUGCAACCCACUCAGCAAAAUGAAUCAAAAAUAAAUAAGAAGCUUAGGCAGAAAAUAAAUCGGAAGACAGAAAUAAUUUCUGAAAUGAACCAAAUACUUGGGGAUAAUGCCAAAGAUGUGCAAGGCCCAGGAAAAGGUAACUUUUGCUUCCAAACCCGAGAGGAUAAAGAAAUCAUCUCUGGAAACCUAGAAGUUUCAAAUGACUUUCAAAAAUCUGGUAUUUCCACUAGCAAUAAUGGAAACCUGUGUGAUUGUGAGACCCAGAAUGUAUUGGGUCUGCAAAAGCAGAUCACCGACGUGUACCCUGUUCAGCAAAAUGAAUCAAAAAUUAAUAAGAAUCUUAGGCAGAAAGUAAAUCGGAAGACAGAAAUAAUUUCCGAAGUGAAUCUUUUAGCCAAUAACAAAAGUGGGUAUUGCCCAGAAAAGGGUAACUCUUUCUUUCUAACCCAGGAUAAAGAAAUUAUCUCUGAAAACCUAGAAGGCACAAGUGAGUUUCAAACACCUCCUCUUGCUUCCAAAGACAGUAGAAACCUGUAUGAUUAUGACACUCAAAAUGUUUUGGGGGUGAAAAAGCAUGUUUAUGAUAUACAACCUGCUUGUCAAAAUGAAUCAAAACUAGAUAAGAAGCUUAGGCAAAAGGUAUGUCAGAAGACAGAAAUCAUUUCUGAAAUCAACCAAAUAUAUAAGAAUGAUGACAAAGGAAUGCAUGACCCAGAAAAAGGUAACUUACUUUCUCUAACCCAAAAAGAUAAAGAAAUCAUCCCUGAAAACCUAGAAGAUGCAAAUGAGUUUCAGAUAGCUGAUCCUUCCCUCAGAGGUAAUAGGAAUCCAUGUGAUUAUGAGACUCAAAACCUUUUAGGGGUGAAAAAGCAUGCUACUGAUACUGGGAAGCAAAAUGAAUCAAAAAUAAAUAAGAGUCUCAGGCAGAAAGUAAGUCGGAAGACAGAAAUAAUUUUGGAAAUGAACCAAAAAAAUGAAUUGAACGACAAAGGUGUACAUGAAACAGUAAAAGGUGCCUUCUUUUCCCUAACCCCAAAGGAUAAAGAAACCAUUUCUGAAAACCUAGAAGUCACAAAUGAAUUUCAAACGAUUUAUCUUCCCACCAAAAAUAAUGGAAAUUUAUAUACCCAGAGUAUGUUGGAUUUGAAAAAGCAUGUCACCGAUAAGCAACCCGCUCAGCAGAAUGAAUCAAAAAUAAAUAAGAAGCUUAGGCAGAAAGUAAAUCGGAAGACAGAAAUAAUUUCUGAAAUGUACCAGAUAUAUGAGGAUAAUGAUAAAGAUGAGCAUGGCCAAGAAGGCUAUACAAAAGAUCUUAAUUUAAAAAUAAAUAAAUCUAAACAAAGACUUGAAGGCCAAGGUAUUAUCAGUGGAUACUGUAUGGAAAUCAACAGUAAUGAAAAAGAAAAUGGUGGUCAAAUUUCAAAUCCUUAUAAACCAGUUAAAAAGCGUGGGAAAGAAUCGUCAGGCAAGGCAAAGAACGUUUUGGCAAAAGGUAACAACAAACCUAUUUUGCACUUAACAGGUUCUUCACAGACGUCUGUCUCCUUAGAACCAGGUUUAAAACACACUACUGAUGAGACAGAUUCUGACCCUGGAAACCAAAUGGAACUACAUAAGAAUCCAAAGCAAAGCGCUACAACUCUGAAUAAAAAGAGAGAUAUCCCCUUCGUGGAAGUGACAAAGGAAGGAGAGUGCCAGGUCAAAAAAAUAAAUAAAAUGACAUCCAAAUCAAAGAAAAGGAAGACCUUCGUAGAUCCUUCUCCAGAUAGUCAUGAACUAAUGGAGAUAAUAUCUGACACCGUUCAGGGAAUAUCAGUUGAAUCUGAAUAUGCUGUUGAAAAAAAUUUGGAAAAUGAGGAAAUUGUCAAAAUUAAGCCAGACUUUUACACAAAAAUGUUGAAAUCUUUAUCUCAGAUAUAUUCACCUAACAGACAAGAUUCUUCCUUUAACAGUGUUCCUGAGGGUUCAAAACCUUUGAGUAUUUCUUCUAGUAAAAAUCUGAAAGAAAAUUUUGCUCUGGAGAGCUCACCCAUCUUUCAAAUAAGUGAUGAUGUGCAUGAGAAGAUGAAAAAGAUGAAAUUUAAAGUCAACCAAAGAACACAAAGAUCAGAAAUAGGUGUUAGAAUGCUACAGGACUUGACAAAUACCAGUUUUGUUUCAAACAACACUGCUAAAUCUGAAAACAAGUUAGAAGAUCUAUCUUCGGAGCUGUCAAGCCGAAGAAGAAGGUGUACUCCUCUCUCUUUAAAAGAGCCAAGUCUCAAAGGACAUUAUCCAGCCAACGCCUGUCUGAUUCCCAUCUGUUCUCUGUAUGGUGCUGCCGUCACUACAGUGGAAGGCAUAGGAAGCACCAAGACCAGGAUUCAUCCUGUUCAGGAGAGGAUUGCCAAGUGUCAUGGUACACAGUGUGGCUUCUGCACCCCUGGGAUGGUGAUGUCCAUCUACACGCUGCUGAGGAACCAUCCAGAGCCCACCCUGAGUCAGUUAACUGAUGCUCUUGGUGGUAACUUGUGCCGUUGCACUGGAUACAGGCCCAUAAUCGAUGCAUGCAAGACUUUCUGUAAAGACUUCUGGCUGCUGUCAAAGUAAAGAAAAUGGGGUUUGCUGUUUGGAUCAAGGAAUAAAUGGAUUACCAGAGUUUGAGGGAGGAAAUGAGGUCAGUGAAAUACAAAUCUAAAACUCUUCUCAGAAGAGGAGUUUCUGCCAUUGGAUCCAACUCAGGAAUUGAUAUUUCCUCCUGAGCUAAUGACAAUGGCUGAGAAACAACCACAAAGGACCAGGAUUUUUGGUGGUGAU